GCUCCGCCAGUCCUGCGGCUGCCACUGUUUCGUUCAUAACGCCGCCGUCGUCCAUGUCUCCGCGGGCUGUCCUGACGGUCCUGGCGGUCUCUCUCGCUCCCCAAGCCGUCGGCUGUCCUGACGACCGUCCAGACGGCUGUCCUGGCGGCUGUCCUGACGGUUAUCUUGACGGUUUUCCUGGCGGUUUUCCUGACGGCUGUCCUGACGGCUGUCCUGACGGCUGUCCUGACGGCUGUACUCACGGCUGUACUCACGGCUGUACUCACGGCUGUACUCACGGCUGUACUCACGGCUGUACUCACGGCUGUACUCACGGCCUCCCUAGACGUCGUCCGCCGCUGCCCACCACACGAAGAGGAUCAUUACGUAUAUAAGAUAAUGAAAUUUUUCAGCCAAAAUGAGCCAAUUAAAGAGUAUGUUUUUGCUCAUGCUGGCUAUGACAACUAUCGUACUAUAUCUAGUAUGGUCUUCCCAAGGAAAAGAGUUGAAACGCUUUGCCUAUCAAGAGAAUGUAGUUCUGUGUCACGAGCAAAGUGAGGACACUCGAGAAUUAAAGCCAAGAGAAGACCCAAUGAUAUAUUUUAUCACCCCAUCAUAUCCUCGUAGGGAGCAAGUCGCUGAGCUAACCCGCCUGGGUCAGACAUUAAUGCAUGUGCCCAAUCUGCAUUGGAUUGUUGCUGAUGAUAACAGACUUUGUAAUGCUAUGGUCAUGGAGCUUUUAAAAAAAUUUGGGAUUCCAUUCACUCACAUUUCUAGUCCAAUGCCAGAAAUGUACCGCAAAGCAAGUACUGUUCCUCGAGGUGUUGCAAAUAGACGUGCUGCUCUUCAUUGGAUCCAGGCAAAUGUAAAGCAAGGUGUUCUUUAUUUUGGGGAUGAUGACAAUACAUUCGAUCUUCGACUUUUUAAUGAAAUUCGAUCCACAAAAAAAGUCUCCAUGUUUCCAGUUGGUCUUAUUGGAGACUAUGGUGUCAGCUCUCCAGUCAUUAAAGAUGGAAAAGUAAUUGGAUUUUAUGAUUCUUGGCCAGCAAAGCGAACUUUUCCUGUAGAUAUGGCCGGUUUUGCUGUAAAUAUUGACUUUUUCUUGAAACACCCUGAAGCAUCAAUGCCUUAUAAAGCUGGUUAUGAAGAGGAUCAUUUCUUGAAAAGUUUGAAUCUAACUCUUGAUGACAUAGAACCUAAAGCUGAUGGAUGCACCCAAGUUUUGGUUUGGCACACGCAAACUACCAAAAGACCCGCUCCAACUGUAAAAAUACAUAAGCAAUCAGGAACUAGCUUAAAGGAAUUGCUACAUGAACUUGAUUAUCUAGGGAUGGCCUACAGCAAUUCUAUCAAGGGUGUUAAAAGUAUGUUGUCCAAAGAUGGGAAAACUGUAAAUCUGUGAGCUAAGGAAAAACAAAUACAGUUAAAGGCUGUGCAAUGAUCUUCAAGAAAAGGAAAAGACCUUUUUCUUUUGCAUCAAAUGGAAAAGAUAAGUGUCACUGUGAUAUAAGAAUGUGUGUGGGAGUGAAACAGGUCAUUUUUCCUGAGUUACUUCUCCCAAUAUGACGCAAGCCAAACAUCAAACAAUUUGCUUAUUUCUUUUUGGCUUGCUGAUAUUAUUGUUCAUUCUUGUUAUUAUUAUUUGUUUUAUUAGAUCUUGUUUUAUUUUGUAUCUUAUUUAAUAGCUAUUGCUUUUUUUUCUUUGGAUGAACUGAAAUACUUUUGUAAAUGUGUUCACUUAUUUCAAAACUGAAUCUUUAACACAAGGCACAAUUUUUGAUCUGAACGGUGGAGCCAAAAAUAAUUGUAUGCUAUUGUGACCAGUACAUGUGUUAAUUUAUAACAGUUUGUGGUGAGGCUUCAUAUAAUGAAGCAUACUGUUUUUUGUUUUUUUUUUAUUUUGGAAAUGCUCAAACAUAAACUUAUUUUGUCAAGCAUCAAAAUAGUUAAGGCAUAGAAAUUCAUUUGGCAUAUAUGUCAUUCCUAGUUUUGUCAAAAUAUUUGUACCUUAUUUUACGAACAAAAGCGGAAUCUCCUGUAACACGUUGAGUGCAGGGUGAUCCACACUGUGGGUUCCAAUAAAAUUAGGAAUUGUCUCACUCCGCAUGUGACGUGUUAAAAAAUAAAAAUAAUAUCCGAGAAAUGUAUUAUGUUAUGCGGUAGUAAUGUCUGUCUCAACUACCUACUUACUCUUGAUUACUGGCAAUCAAGAUUUUAAAUUAGAUGGUGCCAUUUGAUAAUUUAUCCCAGAAAAAUGUAGGCACUGUGUGUGAUGUGAUCGAGGUAAAUUUGUCAAUGCACAAUGUAGCCGGCAGAUGACUCCAACCGUCCUGAGAGAUGUUCAUAUAUCUACAAAAACGAACCAAAAUAAGAAGAAAGGUGUCUCAAGGUAGUCUUUAGUCCAUCUCAGCAGUAAUACAAGACCUGCAGUCUCCUGUUAAAAAAUAUGCUGCAGAGGUUCAAAUACAGCUACAGUUCAUCACCUUAAGGAUGACAUGACCAUCCACAUCCGUGCAUCCUGUGCAUUCAAAAUGCUCUUUUUGUUAUCAUGUUAAAAUGUUCCCAGAGCUAUAUUUUAAUACUCAGUUGAAUGUCAGGGAGGGAGUGAACCGAAGUUGUCUCCAAGAGCUAUUAUUGAUCAUCAGCAUUCAUGUCGGAGCCUUAGGUUGUUUUUUGUUUUUUUUGUUUUCUUUUAUCAGUUAAUUUUUUGUCUAUUUUAAUUGUGUUUGUUUAUGUGAUGUUUUCAGUGUAUUGUUUAUGGUAUGGUUACUAUGCUUUUCAUUAGUGCAAUCUUUUUGUGUUUUUUUUUUUUAUGAUUUUCUAAUUUGUUAAGUAGUACCAAUCAAGAAGAAGUUUUGAUCUUCUAUUUUCCACCCUAUUGAUGGCUCAGUCGACCUUUUUUCAAGUUAUGUUUCUCAUUAAUUUAUUUUUUGGUUGGAGGGGUAAGGGGGGGGGGGGAGCACCUUAUCUAAGUACCAUCUGGCUGUCAUCGGUGGUAUUCUGUACCUCAAUUAUAAAUUAGGUUUUCCUACUAUGCAUGUGUAUUAACCAUGGUGCCUUAUAUGAAUUGCUUUGGUUAAUUUUUCAUAAUGUGAUUAAUGAUUUUACUGUUCUGUUUUGUAAACAGAGUGAAUGUUGUAUUUUAAUUAAAUACAAAGUGGUGUUUGUGGCUCAAAUCAGGGUUCAAUGGUUUAGGUACUUCUUGUCUUACUUAGAAGACUAAAACGUGUUUUAUCUUAUGUCAGCUUAUUCUCAAAGUAAUGAGAUUACACUGUAUAAGUCAAUUGAUCAUAAAGAGUUAGUCUCCCCAAAAAAUCUUAUCCCUUAGUUGUACCUGAAAUUACCAUCAAAUCCCUGCUAUGUUACUUCUGUUUGUUUACCUAUCUAUAGGUGGUAAAUGAGAGAUCUACAUAAGAGCUAUCUUUUGGUAAACAUACUUGCAGUUAACUUGGUAGGAAAAGGUCCUUUCUUUUCCUUGUUUUCUUCCGCUUUUAAUUUAAA